UCAAAUUGUUAUUGAAUAUAAAGAUAUUUCACCUAAUACUGUUUGGAAUAAAACUCAUAUUUUGAAAUCUAUUUCAGAUUGGAAUAACGAAACAAUAAUGAAACAAUUAUACGAGUUACAUUUAAAAAGAACAAUUAGAAGAUCAGUUCAAUGGUAUCAAGUGUUUCAAAAUUGGAUACAACAAAAAAGCAAUAUAAUUGAAUUGCAUACUCAUCUUGAUUGUGAAAUAAUUACCAAUUUAUAUAUGAAAGGAUUUUUAAAAAUAUCUUUACAAGACUCAUUAAACAAAUCAGUUGAUACCUCUUGUGUAUUUUGGAAUUGCUUUCGUAAUAGUUAUGAUGCAAAUCCUAAAGGAAUAAAUGGAAAGAUACGUAUGUUAUCAAUAAUUGGAGAAGAUUUUACAUAUAAAAAAAUAAUUGAAAAAUUAGAGGUUUCGCCUAAUACAAUUAACACAGCACGAAAAUUUUCCCAAAUUAAUGGACCUGGAUGUCCUAUAUUAGAAAAACCAAUUAUUACUCGUUCAAAAAUGUCAGAAGUUAAAGUAAAAGAAUUUGAACUCUUUUUUACAGACAAAGCAAAUGUAAAUAUGAGUUCUUAUAAAGUAGAUGCAAAAACUCAAUUACCAGUGCUUUAUUUAAAAAAUCAAAAAAGUAUCCUUUGGAAAAAAUUUUCUGCUACUUAUCCUAAUGGAAUGAAGUGUACUUCUUUUAUGUCUCGCUUGCAAAACAGCCGAUUCAAAUAUAGAGAGGAUUUAGGAGGACUAUGUAUAACAU